AAAAUAUUUUCUACCAUGUCUGCCAACGAGAACGAUCAGGAUAAUAAUCCGGAUGUGAUACUGGACAAGCUGCUGCGGAAGGCCCGGGCAAAGGAAUCGCGCUGGGAUCGCAUCCGUCGCAAGCAUCUGAACAAUCUGACCGUGACAUCGAAGACGGUGAAGAAGUUCAUCAAUAUGGAUUUUGUAGACGAGAAUCAGUUGCGGCUACUGAUGUCUGGUGAGAGUGCUGGCAGUGGGACGAAACCGAUGCUGGAUCCGGUACUUGUGAUGGACAUCCGGCACGAGAUGAUACGCCGCAAGGAGGAUAAUGUUGGCAAUGGUGAAUCCCGCCCGAAAACUUCCAUCGAUCCGGUUAAAGCGUAUCAGCAGGAGAACCUGGAGAAUCACAACCGUUCCAUCGAGAUGACGCUGUGCGAGAAUGAGUUAAACAAGUUUCGCAAACAGCUCGAACAGAUGGGUGGAGCUGGCCAGGGUAAGAAGACGCAAGUUAGCUCCCAGAAGCGUAGUAUACUUUACAUCAACAUUCCCAAGAUUGAUAAUGGGAUGAUUUAUGAAAGUUUGGAAGAGUGCGAACGAUACACGACACACUUUUACCAGAGUGCGAUCGAAAGUACCGAGCAGUUGUUUGAGGGGAUCAAGGAUGAGCCGUUGGAGCUACUGAAAGAGACUGCUACGAUCGAGGAAAUUGUUGAUCGUGAGGAACAAGAGAUUAGAAAAGAGGAUAUUAUUCCUCAUAUAAAUACAGCAGCGGUUGGGCAUGUUGUAGAACAUCAUCUGAACGGAAACCAUCACGAAGCGGAAGAGGACCCUACCGAACAGGAUGAAGAUAGUAAGAUUGUGCGUUUCGGAAACACUGAAGUCAUCACUUUUCCGGCGGAUGAUGAGUCGUCCUUUUCCCUUGGUUCGGAGUACGAUUUUGAUGAUAACGAUCUAUUUCUCGAAUCGCUCGACUCCGACGUGGAUGAGUUCGACGAGACAGAGUUCCAAUCGACCGACAGCACGGCGGACCACUCGAGAGUAAAUGAGGAGCGCGAUGGUAAGCGUGACUCACUGCCAACGGACAGUAGCGAAUGUCUUACCAUAUCCCGUCUCGAUACGUCCCAAAGUGGUUCAAAGGAGGAGGACACCAGUUCGGGCUUUUCUCGCCAGAAGCUUGUCUACAAUUAUGAUGACGAAGAAUCGGAACUCCUCGAGAUUGCUCCAUCUGCGGAGAAGCUAUCCAAGAUGGAUCCGAUCAUGGUGCGCAAAUGUGAUCUGAAGGAUUAUAGUGAGCUGUGCGUUACGAACUAUAAGCCCGAUCCGGACAGCAAGGAUGAUCGGGUAGAGCUGACGGAAGAAUCACGCAAAGUGAUCAGCAACGCCCUAAAGGAGGGCUACCUGCAGAAUCACGAUCGUGCACUCUUGAAGCAGUACUUCUUCAAAUGGUUGCAGUACACGAUUUUGGAGAAAAUUUCUAAAGGAGCUGGUGUUACCAGCACACGGGAGCAGAAGCUUAAGCGUAUCAAUGAUUUCAUCAGUAACAUUCGGCACAGUAGAAAGAAGGGAUCGUUGCGUGCCGGUAAACCAGCCACAGAAGCCGGACAACCUGCAUCGGUGAAGAAGGAAUACGAGCAUCGGCUUAAAGUGCAGCAGGACAUUAUCGAGCUGCAGAAGCUAAAGCUUGAACGACAGGAACGUAUCAUUACGGAGCUGAAGCUAUCCAAGUUCUCCGAAGCGUCCAAGAUAUCCAAGGCGGAAAUUCAAAGUGAACUGUUAAAGGCUGCCCGCACCGGUCACGUCCGUCUCCGUGCGAAGGCUAAGUGUAUCCAGAUUGUGGGCAACAUCAAGACGGACACAUCGGAAGAGGAUGAAAUGCGUAAGCUACAAGCACAAGGGCUGAUGAUCCCGAAGUUCCUUGCCAAGAUGCAGCAGCGCGCACUAGAGCGUAGCCAACGGCACCAGGAAGCGAAGGAACGUCGGAUGAAGCUGGAGAAAGAGCGGGAGGAUGCUAAGCAGGCAGCGGAAGAAGCGAAGCGCCAGGAAGAUGAAGAUGCCCGGAAGCGUCGCUAUAGGGAGAUGCGUGAAAAGCGCAAACUUGAAAAGUUGCAAAAGAUCAUACGCGAACAGGAACGUCAGGCGUGGAUAGCCAACAAUCAGAUAGCGAAGGAGUUCCGGUUACUAAAAUUGAAACGGUUUGGAAUGCAUGCAUUUAAGCUGUUGUUGGGCAUACGGCACGAGAACGAGCGGCGUUCAAUUGCCUACCGGAGACGGUACUACAAACGGAAAUACUUCCGCAAAUGGUGGGGACACACGAAUGCACUCUGGGAGUGUAAGAAAGCGAUGGCGGACGAGUUGCACGAGUGCAAGCUUUACCGAUUGGCUGUACGGCACUGGAAAAUUUACAUGCACGAGCAGCGUUGUAAGCUGCAGGUCGCCCUCGAUUGGUACGAGGUGCGGAUGACUGAGAAAGUCAUAUCCAUCUGGAUCGGAAAGACUAAGCAAUCGCUGAUGAUACUGCAGGGCAAAAUGUCCCAUGCUGCUUCACACUACGAAUGGCAACUCAAAUGGAAAGUCUUCGAACGGUGGCAACGACUGCACAUUAUCCUGCGCAUCGAGAAGGAAACGGAAAUGCGCCGUCAGCGUUGGCGCAUGAAGAUUUGGGAACUGCUGCCCGACUACAAACCGAUCGAGGAGGAUCUCUAA